AUGCGUCUCACUUACCUCGCCCUCCUCGGCAGCGCCCUCGCGGCGCGGCCCUUCCUGUCAGAGCCCGACACCGGCAUCGAGGACGUCCUCGGCGACACGCCGAACGGCACCCUCGCCAACCUCACGCAGUUGGUCGGCCUGCCCGACUUCCAGUGGGCCGCGCGCCGCUACCUCCCGCCCGCCAACUACACCUACUACAUCAACGGCGUCGCCGGCGAGUGGAGCGCCCGCAACAACCUCGAGGUCUACUACCGCUACACCUGGCGCCCCCGCCAGCUCGUCGACAUCACGCGCAUCCCCGACACGCUCCAGACGACUUUCCUCGGCUACAACUUCUCGGUCCCCUUCUACAUCUCGCCCUGCGCCAAGGCGUUCGACGGCAACAAGGACGGCGAGCUCGGCCUCGUCAAGGGCGCCGCCAAGAAUGACGUUCUGUACAUCUCGUCGUCGUACUCGUCCCUCACCGUUGAGGAGAUCUUUGGCGCGGCCGAGCAGAACCAGACCAUGUUCCGCCAGAUCUAUCUGAAUGGCAACAUUACGUACGACGAGGCGCUGAUCCGCCGCGUCGAAAAGGCCGGCGCCAAGGCGCUCAUCUGGACCGUCGACUCGAACGCGGGCAGCAACCGCCAGCGCGCGGACCGGUACGGCGUCGGCUCCCAGUCGCUCUUCUCCGACAAGGCGCAGCUGUUCACCUGGGACUACUACGAGAAGCUGCGCUCCCUGACGCAGCUCCCGAUCGCGCUCAAGGGCAUCCAGUCGGUGCAGACGAUCCGCGAGGCGGCCGAGCACAAGGUGCCCGCGGUCAUUGUCUCGAACCACGGCGGCCGCUCGCUCGACGGCGCCCCGUCGCCGCUCGAGGUGCUGCUCGAGAUCCACGAGGAGAGCCCCGAGCUCGUGAACCAGAUCGACAUCUGGGCCGACGGCGGUGUGCGCUACGGCGGCGACAUCCUCAAGCUCCUCGCGCUCGGCGCCAAGGGCGUCGGUAUCGGCCGCCCCUUCAUGUUUGGCAACAUGUACGGCACCGACGGCGUCGACCGCGUCAUCCAGAUCCUCAAGAAGGAGCUCAUCACUGACGCGGGCAACGUCGGCAUCCCGACGCUCCAGGACAUCUCUCCCGACUACGUAAGUGCAGUAACGUACCCGCUGACCCCAGCUCCGCCUCCAGCCCAACUACUGGUACAGCUAGUCUCAAAAUAG